AUGAGACUUGCAGACAUCACAGCAUCUGUAUUGACCGUGGCGGCAACGUUUGUCAAAAAUGGAGCAACUUGGCAGGUGCCCGCAGAAUAUGGCAUUACACCGUCGCCGGAUGGCCACUUCCUCCAAGAUUCCCAUGGCUCGCCUUUCUUUUGGCAAGCAGAUACUGCUUGGCUGCUGUUUCAUCGUCUGAACUAUAGUGAAGCUGAGCUGUAUUUAAGCGACCGUGCAAGCAAGGGCUAUAAUGUGGUUUUGGCCGUUGGAUUCACACAGGUCGGUAUUGAUAGUCCGAAUCGGAACGACGAUCUCCCCUUCGUUGAUGAAGAUGUGACGCAGCCGAACGAAUUGUAUUGGGAGUUCGUUGACUCGAUUGUCGAGCUGGCUUGGAGCAAGGGUGUUCGAAUAGCGUUGGUGCCAGCAUGGGGCAAAUAUGUCCAUUCGAAUGAUAAUGAAGGCUCGGUUCUAAACAUUACUACUGGGCGGCCUUUUGGCGACUUCAUUGGUCGACGCUAUCCAUACCUCCCCAAACUUUUGGUGGCAGACACGAACCCUUGGUGGCAGAAUAAGACCGCAGUGAAGGACAAUUAUUCGAAGGGCGGUGCUGCUCCAAAUUACAACCAUACAGACUGGGGAUAUGUAUACGACGAGUUGGCAGAAGGUAUUGUGCAGGGCGAAUUGGCCACGAUUGCAUUGCAGACUAAGCAAUCCCCUGGCAUUUUGAGGAACUCCUCGACUUGGACGCCUUUGAUAACUAUUCAUCCGACUAAUCAGUGGUUCACCAACGGUCCAAUUGCUCUAGCAAGUGCUUUUCUAGGCGAUAGAUCAUGGCUCACUUUCGAUGCCAGUCAGUCUGGACAUGCUGAUUACGCUCCAAACCCGCCAAUACCAUGGUGGAAUUGCCGCCGCGGAUGGGAGGCAGUUGAGCUGAUGUAUGCGGCUGGCGAAACGAGCGAAGGAGUUGAACGACCCGCUCUGGACAAUGAACCGCAUUACGAGAAUCGUUAUAACAAUGGCAAGAGCGGAAAUGCGUACUGGAAUGCUAGCGAUGUUCGAGUUGGCAGCUGGCAAAGCGUGCUAUCUGGUGCGGCAGGUGUUACGUACGGUGCCAAUAACGUAAUGCAAAUGUACAUACCCGAACUCUAUACCCAAGAUGGAAGCGGACCGGCAUACGCAUGGUCACUCGAGAUCAGUCUUCCAGGCUCGAAUCAGAUUCAGUAUAUCACAAAGGCGAUUAUGGACCGUGGAGAAGGGAGUUAUUUCAAACGACUUCCGGCGCAGUACAUUAUCACCAGUGAUGCUGGCACCAAUGACAAAAGAGUCACCGCAGCAAGAGAUAGCCAAGGCUCGUGGAUUAUGGUGUAUACGCCAACAGGAUUACCUUUCUCGGUUGAAACGCAAAGCCUGAAUGUUUGCAACGUUGAGGGUAGCUGGUUUGACCCGCUGGUUGGGACAUAUGCAAGCUUCCAAUACUCGCAAUGCAACGUGAGCAAUUCGACGAGACGGGAAUUCACGCCGCCAAGUACGGACGCCCACGUGGAUUGGCUGCUUGUACUGGAAGCCAAGUGA